GUCUUGUUAAGAUCAAACCUUAUCAAAUCUAGUUCCGAGGAGCGCUCCUUGCUAAAAAACCUAGGCAGUUGGUUGGGAAAGUUCACCAUUGGUAGGAAUCAGGCACUAAGGGCUAAGGAGAUUGAUCCAAAAUCUCUUAUCGUGGAGGCAUAUGAGAAAGGAUUGAUGAUUGCGGUCAUACCAUUCACUUCAAAGAUCCUUGAACCUUGCCAGUCAAGUAUCGCAUAUCGACCUCCAAAUCCCUGGACCAUGGGAAUUCUAAGUCUACUUGCUGAAAUUUAUAAUCUUCCAAACCUCAAGAUGAAUCUGAAAUUUGAUAUUGAGGUGCUAUUUAAGAACCUUACUGUUGACAUAAAGGAUGUGAAACCAACUUCCCUGCUCAAAGAUCGUCUGCGCGAAGUCGAGGGAAAUCCAGAUUUUUCAAAUAAAGAUGUUACUGCAUCUCAAACCCAUGUGGUUGCAGAAGUCCCUUCAGGGACCAUCCCUUCACUAACUCAUAUGGAACAACAACCUGAGAUCAAUAUCACAUCCCGAGCUAUGAGCCUUCCAAAUAUACUUAAUCAGUAUGCUGCUCCUGUCCGUCUACCUACAAACAGCACGGUAGAAGAUGACAAAGUUGCUCUGAUGAUGCCUGAGCAAGUGCCCUCGUUGACCCAGGUUUCGCCAGCACAAACACAAUCAACAUCACCAUCUCCAUUUUCUGUUAACCAGCUUAUGGCGGCUAUUCCACGUGAAGAGAUACGUUUCAAAAUAAAUCCAAAGCUCGGCUCCCUUGGUCCACAACUGCAAUAUAGCAAAAUUAUGGAUUUGGUUUUGGAUAAGGCUAACAGGGAGAUAAUGCUCCCUGUUAUUCAAAGAAGUGUGACCAUAGCAAGCCGAACUACAAAAGAACUUAUUCUGAAGGAUUAUGCACUGGAGUCUGAUAACAAUACGAUAACUCGAUCCGCACAUUUGAUGGUUGGAACAUUAGCCGGAAGUCUGGCACAUGUUACUUGCAAGGAACCUCUUCGUGUUGCACUAUAUUCUAAUCUUCGAAAUCUCAUUCAGAACCUUAUGAGCGGCAGUGAAACUAUCGAGCAACUUAUUCACACGCUAAUCAAUGAUAACUUGGAUCUUGGCUGUGCCAUCAUUGAGGCUGUGGCAACACGUCAGGUAGCUUCUUGACAAUUCUAAUUCUGCUGA